AUGCUCCUUCCGAGUCGCGACCACAACUCGUUCGCAGUCAUUCUGGUCCUUCGACUUGAGGUGGAAAAUGACCGACAAGCUGCCCCCCAACCUGCUCGCGCUUUUCGCACCGCGUCCUCCGCUCCGUUACAUCCCCCGAGCGACCGCGCGCCCGAUGAUUGCAAGAAGAGCACUAUUGGUGGUGUAGCUGCGCUCGUUGGAGAGUUGCAGAAUUACGCCGAGGAAGUUCCUUAUAAUGCAACUGAGAGUUGGUUGCAGCGUCACGCUCGGCUGAGGCUUGAGAAGAAGGAGCGCAUGGAACAGCUUGUUAAUGAGGGAGUGGAGAAAUUCGAUCCUUCUAAUGACCCUCAGAUUCGUGGAGAUCCGUUCAGAACUCUUUUUGUCGCACGGCUGAGUUACGAUAUCAAAGAGUCGGAUUUGGAACGCGAAUUCUCGCGGUUUGGUCCUAUCGAGAGAAUCCGCAUUGUCAAGAAUUCCGAGAAGCCAAAUCCUAAGAAACCACACCGAGGCUAUGGCUUCAUCGUAUUUGAACGCGAGAAAGACAUGAAGGGUAAUAACACACUCCCCACCCCCCCUCUCCAUCUAGGUGUCAAGGAAACAGAUGGCAUUCGUAUCAAGGACAGACGCGUGCUAGUUGAUGUUGAACGUGGCCGCACAAUGAAAAGUUGGCGGCCUCGGCGAUAUGGCGGAGGCCUUGGCGGACGUGGAUAUACAAAAGCCGCACCGGCUCGUCCAAUGGGCCCUGGGGGUUUCACUGCGCCGUCUGGCCCCUCUGGCGGAUUCAGAGGUGGAUUUGGUGGUGGUAGGGGUGGUCCAGGUUUCCGUGGAGGAUUCCGUGAUCGUGGUUUCGGGGGUCCAAGGUCAGGCGUCGGCUACCAGGGUGGUCGGAACGGAUUUGGAGGUCAAGGUCAAGCUCCGCCAAAUGCCCCAUCGGGUCCAGGAGGCGGCCGCGGUGGUGGUGAUAGGAGAGGCGACGGCAGGUUUGAUCGCGAUGGCCGAAGGGGAACAGGCAGUAACUCAGAACCGGUAAGGUCUCGAGACAGCUAUGGUGACCGCGAUCGUCGUGAUAGAGACCGCGACCGCGACAGAGAACGCGAUCGCCAUGGAGACAGAGAUGGUGAUCGCAGGGACCGCGACCGCGAUCGAGAACGCGACAGAUACGGAGGACGAGAGGAUUUUUCUCGCAAGAGACACCAUGAUGAUGACGGGUAUGAUGAUCCCCGAGCUAAAAGAAGGUACUAA